GGCCCAAACGGAGCCGAGCAAGAAUUAAUGCAAAUCACAAGCACGAGCUCCCUAAAACGUAAACUCUUCCAACUUCCCCCACUGCCAAUUUUCUCUUCUCUUCUCCAAAUACCAAGCUCUCGUUUCCUCUGUUGCUCCUCCCUUCUCUUCUCUUCACUUCAAUUUUCUCACGUCCGCGUUCUCUCUCCGGUUCUCCACAGGCCGCAGCAAAAGUGUCAAAAGUGAUAAAGGUAUAUACAACUUAAACUUGCUUGGAAGAGGACGCAAAGGUUAAUAUUAGUUUAGUGGAUGACCUAGAGGUUAUUUCUGAUGAGAAUUGAGGGAUGAAAGGAAGUGUCCUGAGUGAGAUGCUGAGGUAUCUGGGAUAUGCAACCCUUGUUCAGUAAUAAACAUAAAUUCCAACGAAAAGAAUUAUAGUUCUGACCGCUGGUUAUUUCAGUGAGAGAUGACAUCAUGUAAUGCAGAAACAAGAUCAUGUAAGGAUGAGAAGGAAAGAAAGAGCUCAAGUGAGACAUGUUUUGCUUUGAGUAAGGUUGGUGUUUUAGAUUGUGAUUCUAUAUAUAAAUCCUGUUUGAUGAGAAAUUCACCCUUGGAUGGAGAUAUGAGUGUAGAUCCUCCUAUCAACAAUAGUAUAGGGCCAUAUGUCAAAGAGUCGCAAUGUAAUUUGGAAUCAAAUUGUUCUCAGACAAAGAAAAAGAGAGGGCCACAAAUUAAGCAGAAUGGCCCAAUAAGUCCAAGUACUAGUUUGGUAAAGAAACAUGAUGAUAAUAGUGAUGCUGACCUUGUUUUGAGUGAAAAGGAAGAUGUUAAAAUUAAUAAGAGAAAGGGAAAUAUGAAAACGUGUCACAGAAAAAGAUGCAAGUCCUCUGACUCUGAAGAGAAUGCAGAACCUAUCAUGGUGGCUAGACAAACUUCAAGAAAUUCAAGUGUGCAUUCAUUUGAGCUUUCAGAGAAUGAGAUUGGAAUAGUACAACCUGGGGAACAUGCUACUUCUGUUAAGGUUGUGGAAAAUGUUUUGACAGAGAAGACCUCUUCCAACUGUUCAAAUGGUGAUUUUGCAUGUUUAGGAGUUAAGAAUAUAACUGAGAUAGAGAAGGAUGUGGAUUUAGAUCCUCCUCUGAAGGAGGGAAAUCUUCCUCAAGUAUCACUCUCUUCACUAGAAGGACCUCAUGUUGGAGGUGCUGAUAAAAAGCUUCUUAUCCUUGAUGUUAAUGGACUUCUAGCUGAUAUUGUUCCAUAUUGUUCUGAUGCAUACAAGCCUGACAUUAUAAUAUCCAGGAAAUCAGUUUUCAAGAGGCCCUUCUGUGAUGAUUUUUUACUGUUCUGCUUUGACAAAUUUAAUGUAGGCGUUUGGUCAUCUAGAACCAAGAAAAAUGUGGACAUGGUAAUUGAUUUUCUCAUGAGAGAUUCUCGACAUAAGUUGCUUUUUUGUUGGCAUCAAUCCCACUGUACAGAUACAGGAUUCACCACUGUCGAGAAUAACAGCAAACCCCUGCUUCUGAAGGAAUUAAAAAAACUAUGGGACAAACUUGAGCCUGAUCUUCCAUGGAAUAAGGGGGAAUACAACGAAUCUAAUACAUUAUUGUUGGAUGAUUCACCAUACAAGGCCUUGCGCAAUCCAGCACAUACUGCUAUAUUUCCCCGUUCAUACUGUUACAAGGAUGCUGGAGAUACCUCAUUAGGACCUGGAGGUGACCUUAGGGUAUAUCUGGAACAAUUAGCUGUUGCUCAAAACGUUCAAGAAUAUGUUGCACAAAAUCCAUUUGGUCAGCGAGCUAUUACAGAAUCAAACCCUUCCUGGGGUUUCUACCGGAGGAUUUUGACUGCUGACUCGUGCCAAUCACAAGAUUUUGCUAGUAGUUCAUUCACUGGGCAAUAAUAAUCAACUUUGAACGACCUGCAAAUUACUUAGCUGUGUCUUUUAGCCCCAGUGACAACUCAAGCUGCUUUUAAGGGCUGCAUUGAUGCUGCAGAAUGCUGGUGCAUAGGUUCUCAAGUUGUUUCAGUUGCAUGGAAAAUCCAGAAACAUUGCAGGCUGAUUUAUGUAAGAUUGCUGUUGUAAUUUCUUUUUUGAUAACCGUGCAGAAUAGUGAUAUAGUUUUCUUCAACGUCAAGGUGAUCCACGUUUUUGUUCCUUGU